UUAUUUAUUGUACAGCCUUCGUGCAUAUUAUGAAGAAUAAUAAGACUGUUAUUAUUGGUAAAAAGUUUGUGACGAUUUUCAACAAGGAUGCGUACGCUGCGUUUUAUAAUAUCCCUUACGCGGACGUACCAGUUGGAGAUUUGAGAUUUAAGCCACCAAAGGAAAAAUCUGAUCUGUUGGGUCAACAGAUUCAUGACUAUAGCGAAUAUUACAGUGACAGUGUAUUUGAUCUGGAAGAUUGUUUGCGCCUCUCUGUUUACGUUCCUAUGAUUAACACCACGGACAAAUAUCCCGUUUUAGUGUGGAUAACCAACAACAAAAUCGAUUUUGGUCCAGAUUUCUUCAUUGAAGAACGAAUCGUAGUCGUCAAAGUGAGAUAUAGAACGAGCAUAUUCGGUUUCUUGAAUACUGGCGACGAUUUUGCUGAGGGCAACAUGGGCGCGAAGGACGUUAUUGCAGCGUUAAAGUGGAUACAGAAAAAUAUAUCCUAUUUCAAAGGGGAUAAACAUAAAAUUACCGUGCUGGGACACAGUAAUUCUGCAGUAUUGGUAUCAGCACUGCUCGUGUCUCCGAUCGCCAAAGAUUUGUUUUCGAGAGCCAUUGUGUUAGAUGGAAGUGUUUUAUGUCCAGAAAAUUACAGAUUUCACAAUUUCGAAAUACUAAAUAAGUUGUACUGUAAAAUGAAGGGACGUUUUGAUAAAUUCGACCGCGGGGAAUUAUACGAAAAGUUAAAAAGCAUGUCGGCGUCCGAGUUGGUGGUGUUGGCGCGAAAUCUCUACGAUAGCAGCGAAGUGAGAAAUAAUCAGAGACCCAUUAAAAGUUUUACUCUAUCGAGGGAAACGUCUAGGAACGCUUUCUUAAGGAAUUCUCCGAUCGACUUGUAUUGCGAUAAGAAAAUUAACAAACUAAAAGUGAUAUUUGGCUACACUAACUUAAGAUCUUUAUACCGACUCCAGCGCUUUUCAAAGAAUCGAAAUCUACUAAAGUACCUCAAGUACAACUUCCAGUACAUGCUACCAUUCGAGGGAACGACCGACGAAUUCGAAUCGAAAAGAUACAGAAAGAUACAAAAUAAUAUCACAGAGUUUUAUUUCCUCAACGGAACGAUCACCGAUCGAAGUCUCAGAAGAUAUACUAAAUACCUGUCCGACCGAGUUAUAUAUUCGGUGUAUCGUCAGGCGAUGGAACACGAGGGCUCAUAUUUGUGUAGAUUUUCUUUCAAGGGCUCUCUGAAUUUCGGCUGGGACUUAUCUACGCCGGAAUUGAAAUGGAAGGGCGCCACUUUGGGCGACGAAAUCUGCUACCUAUUCAGAUGUAAAUUCGCAGAUGAGGCGUACACAAACGACGGAACGAACGAGAGACGGUUUAUUAAGAAAAUUGUUAAAUUAUUCGCAAAUUUCGUCAGAUAUGGGGAUCCAACGCCAGAAAAAGAGGAUGAUGUGUUGGGAAAUAUAAAAUGGAUGCCAAUGGAUACGGGAUGCCAAGCGUUACAGCUGAGCCGUCACAUCAAAAUGAUAAAUGUACCGGAGUUAAAACGACUCAAAUUCUGGGACGAUUUAAAAAGGGAUUUUUUCGAUAAAAUAUAG